AUGAGGGCGGCUGACUUCGACGGUUGGGAGCCGCGCGCGGGAGAGCGCGAGGAUCUUUUGAAGAAAAACGGCCGCCAACUGUCACAGAUUAAAGACCAAUUUAAAGACAUUACCCAUCAUUUUUCCAAAGAGGAGUGGGCAGAGCUAAGUGAAUGGGAAAAAGUACGUUAUAAGAAUGUGAAGAGGAACUAUGAGGCCAUGCUUGCAAUAGAGUAUGCCGUAUUCGCUUCACCACCUGAUGCCAUCAUGUGCUUGCUGAGCAUGUACGAAUUAGGCGCAGAGCCAUCAGUAGAAGAGCUCAGCAAGGCCAUUGACAGCCUGGCCUCAGAGGUGAGAACCUUUAAGCCACCUUUCAAGAAUGAUGGUACCAAGAAGACAAAGAAAGACAACAGCAAAAAGAACGAGAAAAGACAAUUAGCAAAUGCAUCCCAUUUACAGGAGGAUAAAGAUGCAGGUUUAAGGAGCUUCAAUGAGGGCACUCCCUCAGUUCUGGAAGAGACAGUUUCAGUUAAAAAGAGAAACCGAGAAACUAAUACUGCGAUGAGUGAAUUUGAGGCUCAAAAUGAAUCCAUCAAAGUUGUCUGUGCUGGAAAGACGUUGGAAUCUUCAAGUGAGGAAACACACAAUGAAAAGGAAGAGAGAAGAUACAGUUUGAGAAAUAAAGAGAGAAAGAUUUACACAGAAGAAAGGGAACUUUGUGAUGAAGAUUUUCUGUUUUGCGAAGACUGCAAAAGAUUUUUUGUUGAAGAGUGUCCUGUGCAUGGUCCUCCAGUGUUCAUAAAGGACAUGGCUGUUGAAUUCAAUCAACCAGAUCGAGCACGUUUAACCCUUCCAGAGGGCCUCAGCAUUGCGAUAUCAAAAAUUAGAAAGGCUGGUCUUGGUGUGUGGAAUGAAGGAAAGGCUAUUCCUAAAGGAGUUCAUUUUGGACCCUAUGAAGGAGUCACAUCAAAUGAGGAAUCAGCUGCUGUCAGUGGCUAUUCAUGGGUGAUCAGUAAAGGAAAGCAAGAUUUUGAAUACAUUGAUGCAAAGGAUGAAUCUAAAUCAAAUUGGAUGAGAUUUGUUAACUGUGCCAGAAAGGAAGAGGAGCAGAACCUUGUAGCCUUUCAGCACCAUGGCAAAAUUUAUUACAGAACCUGCAAGCGUGUUCCUCCUCGGUGCGAGCUGCUGGUCUGGUAUGGUGACGAAUAUGCCAAGGAGCUUGGAAUCAAUUGGACAGCAAUGUGGAUGAUGAAACAAAAUCCAAAAGAGCACAGAGAGUGA